UAAUACAAGCUAUUAAAAAAAAAAACUCCAGGAAAAUGUCCAACUUCAAGAAGUUCUCCCUGUUCCUUGUGCUUUCCCUGAUGUGGACUUUUAUCGCAGCCAACACGCCUAUUAGACAAUGUGCCGACACCAGUUAUCCUCAACCUCUGAUGGUGCAAAUCGAUGAGUGCGAUGAAUUGCCCUGCGAUUUGUGGAAGGGAAGUGAGGCCAAGAUCGACAUACAGUUUGUUGCAACUCGCAAUACGAUGCAAAAGUUGUCGGCGGAAGUGCGUUUGACCUCUUUGGGAGUGACUAUACCCUAUGACCUGGAGGCUUCACGUGGCAAUGUUUGCAGCAAUCUCCUUCAUGGUGCCUACUGUCCCCUAGAUGCUGGCGAGGAUGUGACCUAUCAACUGCUCCUGCCAGUGACUACCAACCAACCAGAGGUUCCCACUCGCCUAGAGGUGCGUCUCCUGGACUCCGAUAAUGAUAAUCAGGUGGUGUCCUGCUUUCUGGCGGAUACACGUGUCAAGAAGCCAAGUUCGAGGGCUUAG